AUGUCACAGGUAGAAGGUUUCGACCGUGCGUCGACCGUUGUUCUCAGCGGUUUUCGGCCGGAAUACACCGUAGACGAUUGCCGGGCUUUCGCGUCCUGGUUUUCUCCGGUUAUACACGUCGAGCAGUUGCCAUUAGUUGAUGGCAAAAUGCGUUUUGCGGUUGUGUUUGCAUCAACAGCCCACGUUGAGCAGCUGCUGAAAUACAAGGAGAUAUCCGUGGAAAACGGAGUAGUCGAAGUUAGUCGUCCUGACGAAAGCGAUACCGUAUGGAAUUCGGUCGGCGACAUGAUGACAUACGCCACCGCGGUACCGAUCUUUCAAAUGGCUCAAGAUGGCUUGAACGUGGCGCUCAACCAACUUUCUUUGGGCUGGGGUGGCUAUCUCGGUAAUUAA